AUGGAUACCUCCCGUGGGAUGGAUCCCUGCCGUGGAAAUCACCAACGCGCGGUCCCGCGUGGCCGGUGCCGCUCCCGCCCUGGGGAGGGGGCCGAGCCCAGCCAAAAACCCUCCCCCGGCCGUCGUCAGCUCUCCCUGCCGCGGGCACCCCGCCGGCCGGGCUGCCGGGGCUUCGCCAAAAUUCUCCCCCCUCGAAUCCGUUGGUGCCGACAUUUUCCGCCGGGGAUUACGGGCGCUGGGAGUCUCGCACGUAAACCUUGCACGAAGUACGUCAGUAACGAGAAGGGCUCGCUCAUUAAUUAUCUGCUGCCUUGCCUGACACGGGCUAAAGGGGAAUUAAACGAAUCCCGCUGCACCGAGCGAAAUGUUCGUGAAAAGGCUGUAAAAGUCAAGGAAAACGCGGUGCUGAAGGCGGAGCCGGCCGCCGUGUUCAAGUUCCCGCUGGCUCCCUUGGGCUGCUCGGGGCUGGGCUCGGCGCUGCUGGCCGCCGGCUCGGGGCUGCAGGGCGGCUCCGCCUCGCCCCAUCUCCCGCUGGAGCUGCACCUCCGCGGCAAGCUGGAGCCGGGCCCCCCGGAGCCGGGCAGCAAGGCCAAGAAGGGGCGCCGGAGCCGCACCGUCUUCACCGAGCUGCAGCUCAUGGGGCUGGAGAAGCGCUUCGAGAAGCAGAAAUACCUCUCCACGCCCGACAGAAUAGACCUGGCCGAAUCGCUGGGGCUCAGCCAGCUCCAGGUGAAAACCUGGUACCAGAACAGGCGCAUGAAAUGGAAGAAAAUAGUGCUGCAGGGGGGCGGCCUGGAGUCCCCCACCAAGCCCAAGGGCCGCCCCAAGAAGAACUCCAUCCCCAGCAGCGAGCAGCUCUCGGAGCAGGAGCGAGCCCGGGACGCCGAGAAGCCGCCCGAGAGCCUGGGCUCGCCGGCCGAGGUCAGCCAGGAGGAGUGA